GCUCUGCAGCACGGAAACACAAGUUUCCGUGGAUGCUUUGCACAGUACCUACUAGAUAGAGUUUUUGCAUGCGAAGGUAACCUUCGAUGGUUUGACUCAAAAUUUGACAUGGAUGCUUUCCUUGGCGGACAUCGACCAGGAGUUUGCGGAUAAGUUGCGGAAAGUCUAUAUGGGAGUGUCAGAAUCGAAAUUGAUAAAAUCGAAAAAUUUGUGAUGCACAAAAUCGAUGUCAGUUGGAGCCACAGUUUUCAAGUGGCGCAUGACAAAUUUCGGGAGCACCAAAAUCCAGUCUGUCAUGCUGUUUGGGGAAAGAAGACUGCUCCUGUCAUGCUACUCUGGCUGCGCAUUGCAUACCCCAAAACAGGCUCACAAUCGGCCUCAUAUGCCUGCUGCCCAAUGCAGGCCUUCAGUGCUCUACAUUUUAUGCAUCACAAGUUCUUCGAUUUUGUCGAUUUCGAUCCUGACACAUCCAUAGUCUACGUCAUUUGACAGGUUUGCAAGGCGACCAGCCCGCUUGCUUAUUCCAGAGGGCGGACAUCCUCGUGUGACUUCUACGGAUCAGCCGCUAGUGCACAGUCAGCAGCUACUACAGCCAUUAUCUUUCUUCUCUAUGAUAGUCGUCGUGCCAGUGGUACUCACCACGUAUUGCGCGUUCGUGUGUCGCAUGUAAUGCGCUGGCUACGCCGGACAAUUCUUCACUUCGAAUCGUGUAAAU